CAGUAACAAUAUAAAAAGGCCAAAAAGUAUAUUAAACAUGUGUAAACAUGCAUUAGGACACAAAUAUAAAAACAGUUUUUUUAAAUAUGAAAAUCAAAUAAAUCCGUUAUUUAAUUGUUUGUCUAAUACAGGAAAAUUUGUUUUAUUUGACAAAUGUUUAACAAACAUCCAAAAAUGUAAUCCCCAGAGCAUAAUCCUGCAAAUAAAAUACAAACAAAAAAUAAUUCUGCAACUUUUUUUUUUUUUUUACUUUUUAAACAGCUUUUUAGACUUCUUUUCCCGUCUUAAACAAGAUGAGCAAAACAAAAGACAAAACUCGUUUUCAACUGUGUACUGACUGACUCUUGUAUUGUGCUGACCGGGCACUGAAAUUUCCAACACAACAUGAAGGCAUCAUCUCAGAAGUUCAAAUGCUGCAAAAAUAAAACGAGCUAAACUGCUUUAAAAACGAUAGAAUUCACAAAAAUCACCACUGCGGGACGGGAGACCAGACGUGUCGCUUUUUCAGCUUUUUGGAGGCAUACGAUACCGGAAGUGACGUCAGAACACAUACUCCUUUUGUCUGUCAGGAGGAAGUGGAGCUCUGGCUGAAGCUACUGGCUAAUCAGAGGAAGAAAAAAAUAAAAAAGAGAGAGGGGGAAACUUGGUAGAUCUACGGGAAUUUCACCAGUGUUCGACCCCGGAUUCGGCUUUUUUGGACCGUUGGGAACUCCGGAGAAGAGGAUUGAGUCUCCGGUACCGAAACGAUGGAGGACUCUCAUUUUAACUCGUCAUAUUUCUGGGCUCCCGUGCCGACCAUGCCAGGACAGAUCGAGAAUGCCAUGUUCCUGAACAAAGUGAAAGAGCAGCAGGAGAAGAACGCUUCAUUCCCCCCCUCCUCAGCGUCCCACUACCAAACGGCGCUUCUCACCAUCCCGACUCCCGGAGCAAAGGCAGAUGGAGGCGGGCCGCCCAGUAGCACGACACACGUCCACUCCUCUCACGGCGCCCAGAACAUCACGGUGUUGCCCGUUUCCUCCACGAGCAUCAUGGCGGCAGCUGGUCUGGUAAUUACCACUCCUCAGGGAACGCUGGUGUCUCCCACUUCCUCUCAGUCGUUUGUCUCCGGUCAUCCAGCAACGACCAUGAUUGUUUCAGCGCUCCAGUCUCCAGACAAAAAAGGAGAUGGGUCAUCCCAUGUGGUCGUCAUGCCAACGCCCUCCAAACGAGGGCGAAAGAGGAAGACGACAAUGGUGUCCAGGGUCGGACCUGUAGGUGGACCAGGAAGUGAGACGAUAAUACUGACACAGCUGACACCUGGUGGACAGGUUACAUCAUUGCAGCGUCACACUGGAGAACCUUAUGAGCUGUCGAAUGAAGAGGAAGACCACGGCCCCAAAGACACCACUAAGACUUACAGGUGCCGGAUGUGCGCUGCGACCUUCUUCAGUAAGUCUGACAUGCAGAUCCACUCCAAGUCGCACACAGAGGCCAAACCUCACAAGUGUCCUCACUGCGCCAAGUCGUUCGCCAACUCGAGCUACCUGGCCCAGCACAUCCGCAUCCACAGUGGGGCCAAGCCUUACACCUGCUCCUACUGCCAGAAAUCUUUCAGGCAGCUCAGUCACUUACAGCAGCACACACGGAGCCACACGGAGUCAAAGCCUCACAAGUGCCCGCAUUGUACGAAGUCGUUUGCUAACUCAAGCUACCUGGCUCAGCAUACCCGCAUCCACACGGGCGUGAAGCCCUACUCUUGUGUGUACUGCGAGAAGUGCUUCAGACAGCUCAGUCACCUUCAGCAGCACAGCAGAAUUCACACGGGAGAUCGGCCGUACAAGUGCACCCAACCGGGCUGCGAGAAAUCCUUCACGCAACUCUCAAAUUUACAGUCUCAUCGACGUCAACACAACAAAGACAAACCCUACAAGUGCCCCAACUGCAAUAAAGGAUACAUAGACUCGGCGAGCCUGGAGGUGCACAUGUCCACACACACGGUCAAACACGCUCGGAUCUACUCGUGUAGUCUUUGCAGCCGCACUUAUACUUCAGUAAGACAAAUGUCCAUUUCUGAAGAGCAUUUCUACAUGAAACACUAUGAGUCGCAGCACUGGCAUCAGACGCCUGGCCGCUACUUUACACCGUGUAGUCAUGUGACCACUGUUUCCCCUCUACCUAUCCUCCCCUCAUCUCAGGAGACGUAUCUGGUGAAACACAUGGAGAAACACAACCCAGACCAGUUGACUGCGCCUGCUGUCAUGGCAGCACAGCCAGCACAGCGGAGCCAAAGCCAGGCCCAGGGCCAGGCUGAAGCUCAAGGCCGGGUAGGAAGCGCAGAUGGAGGAUCAAGUCGGCCCGGGAGAGCUGGGAGCGGAGCAGCAGGGGGAGGCCAGCAGGGACAGAACCAGAGCAGCUAUCCCCAGACAGAAACCACGCCCUGUCCGUUCGACCUGCAUCAGUUUAAGACCGUGUCUGCCGGGGACAUCCAUUACAAACCAGUCACUGUGGCUGAUCUUACUUCCCACAAAGACCUUUUUCUCACUGUCUCCACAUCCACGAUUCAAGUAGAGCACCUCAACUCUUAGAGGUGGCUACAGAAGAGCGUCUGGAGGAAAUGUGGGAGACUUAAAAUCAAUUCAAGAUAAAUGGAGGCUGGAGAGAUUUAAAGCAAUACUUAAAAUGUACUAAAACUUAGGAAAACAUGACUGUGCCUGGAUUAUGAUUUGAGGCAGACGGGCAAAUCAUAUGCUGCUCAGUUUACUGAAGAGAGUUUAGUAGGUUUUUCUUUUUGCUUGGUUUGUUUUCCUGUUGCUGAGCUGGUACAUAUGACUUGAAAAUGUAUGUAAAGGCUACAAUAAAGUAUAUACCAGUCCAUCACAGUGAUGGUUUUAUGAUAGGACAUGUCUUAAAGACAGUUCUUUUUACUGUUACCACCUCCUGCUCUUCCGUAUAAUUACGUUUUGACUAUAGCAAUCUUUCGCUGUUUUGUUUGAUUGCAAUUGGCAGUCAUAUGUAAAAGUAAAUUUUUAUACUUUCAUACAGACUUCCAGUUUUUAUACCAGUGUUAUUGCCUCUUCUGUGGGUUAACGUACAUGCUUUUAAUAUUCUAACCUUAAAGGGAUGUAGAGGCUGUUAACUUUUUAUGACAGAAAAAAUAGCAUUCAAGUAUAUAAAGUUAUAUACUACCAGUUUAUAAAGUAUGAUUGUAUAUGAUACCGAUGGGGUAAUCCACAGAAUAAAUGUAGGCUUGUUUGUGGCUAUUCAUACUACCUUAAGGGAGGCGUGAUCAACAUCAUGUCAUGUAAUGCCGUUUACUGCUUUGUGUGUAUGUCUAAAAGUUAUGUUUAAAAAUGUACUCUUGCUAUUUAACUUCCAUAAUAAAAAUUCUUAUAAUUGCUUUACAGAAAUAUUUA